GAUUCUUCAGCAGAUCGGCUUUCAGUGUUUUGGCGGCUUGUCUCUCUUUAACACUGAUUGGUCUCCUCCUGUGAAUAUUAAGACAACGCUCAAUGCAAAAUACCUUAGACACGUGAUAACAGCUUUAGCGUUGACAUUAUCAUUUUAUAGAUGAAAAAUAAGAAUGUUGUGAGUUUGGAAGAUUUUAAAUUUUAACCGAAAUUUUACGGCAUUGCACUGUUGGAUACGCGUUUUUUGAAAUGGUGUGCCAUGGGAGUAUAGAUGGUGUGUUCUGAGCAAUGACCUCACCUCCAUCCCUCGCGACCAACCGAUAGCAGCAAAACUCCACAAUGCAGCUGAGCUUGCGAUUGGCUGUCUGCGCCUGCCUGCUUGUGGCUGGCACGUCCGAGCCCACCACGCUCCUCGAAGCUGUCGUCAGGUUCUACAAGAAACUCGGCCUCCAGUAUCGCGAGGACCGAUUCCUGGGCAACAAACCAAUCCUCAACGAAUACGACUUCAUAGUUGUAGGAGCAGGACCUGCAGGAUCAGCAAUCACCAACCGGUUAACCGAGGUACCCUUCUGGAACGUUCUUCUCCUAGAAGCUGGGGCGGAUGACAACUUCUACACAGACAUCCCACUACUCAGUACCUAUUUGUGGUUUUCCGAGUACAACUGGAACUACAAAACUGAACCCACAAGGAACGCGUGUUUGGGGUUGAAGGAUCAAAUCUGUCCCUGGCCAGCGGGGAAAGGGGUGGGAGGGGGCACCAUCAUCAAUGCCAUGAUCUAUACACGAGGAAACAAACGAGACUAUGAUGGCUGGGCAGCUAUGGGUAAUGAUGGUUGGAGCUAUGAUGAAGUCCUGCCUUACUUCAAGAAAUCAGAACAUGUGACAAUACCAGAACUAUUAACCUCACCCUACCAUGGUAAACAAGGUCCACUGAACGUUGAAUACCCCAGGUUCAGUACACCACUACUGGGAGCCUUCCUAGAGGCAGGGAGGGAGUUGGGCUACAAGUGGAAUGACUACAACAACCCGUUCUCUCAUAUCGGUUUUUCCAAGAUCCAGGCCACUGUCAAAGAUGGGAAACGUGUGAGUGCCUCCACCGCCUUCUUGAAACCAAUCAGGAAAAGGAAAAACUUCCACAUAAGUCAGAAAAGUCAAGUGACUAGGAUACUGAUUGAUCCUGAAACGAAAACUGCGUUUGGUGUCGAGUUUUUCAAGAAGGGUAGAAAAAGGGUGGUUCUAGCUAGAAAGGAGGUGAUCAUCAGUGCUGGUGCAUUCAACUCUCCACAACUUCUGAUGCUUUCUGGAAUUGGUCACAAGUCUCAUCUGGAAUCCCUAGGUAUCCCAGUUCUACAAGAUCUACCAGUAGGUGACAAUCUGCAAGAACAUCUAGCAAUGGCCGGUUUAGCAUUUCUGGUGAACAGCACUUCAGCAACAAUAGCCAGAAGAAUCAUGUCCAAACUACCAUACCAUUUGGCACAGUAUUUGAAGAGCGGUGAUGGUCCAUUCACAACUUUGGGUUGUGAAGGUCUGGGGUAUGUGAGAACCAAGUAUGCAAACCUCACAGGUGAGGAUUACCCCGACAUUGAAUACAUUUUUGUUCCCAUUGGACUGAAUUCAGAUGGUGGUAGUUCCUUGAGGAAAACCAUGGGUGUGACUGACUACUUGUAUGACAGUGUGUACUCUGAGAUAAACCACAAGGAUGCAUGGAGUAUCUGGCCGAUGCAGUUGUAUCCAUACAGUAGAGGAACAGUGAGGUUGGGGAGCCGUGAUCCCUUCAGACAACCUGUGAUAACUGGAGGAUUCCUGGACGACAGGAGAGAUCUGGACACAAUUGUUGAAGGACUGAAAUUAGUAGUGGAGCUGUCGGAAACAAGUGCCUUCAAGAGAUUUGGUUCUCAACUUCACCGGAAACCUCUCCCUCAAUGUGCGGACCUUGGGUUUGGUUCCGAUGAGUACUGGGCUUGCAGUGUGCGUCACAUUACUACUCAACUGCAUCAUCAAUGUGGGACUUGUAAGAUGGGACCUCCGGGUGAUCCUACCGCAGUGGUGAAUCCUCGUCUCCAGGUUUAUGGGAUUAAUAAUCUCAGGGUAGCAGAUACGUCAAUCAUGCCCACUGUACCUGGGGCGCAUACCCAGGCUGGUGCCUAUAUGGUGGGUGAGAAAGCAGCCGACUACGUCAAGGAGACCUGGUUGAGUCAGUUUCCCGGCAAAAUCUAUUGAGAGACUUUACUUUCGAAUUGAUUCAGUACAAAUAAUUGAUUUUGAGUGAUACAAUAUUUGAAUCCGUCUUUUGAUUGAUAAUCAAGCUUCAAAUAUUAUAACAUUUGGAUUGAUUCAAUCUAAUGUGAAUCUUGAGAGACAUCCAAUUAAAACUUAUUUGGAGUAAAUUAAUCAAUAGAUCAAUAAAGUGAAGUGACACAAGAAAGAUUCGUGAAAUAGUGCAAGAAAGUGACUAGAUUUAUCUAUUGAUUCAGUGAGAGAUUUAUUUAUAGUAAAAAAUAUUGUAGGCUACUAGAGCCUAUGCGAGAUAAGAAUACAGUAUCUGUAAAGAUCACCUUUGAUGAUACAUGAUUAUGAAUAGUGUCACUUUUGAUGAUACAUGAUUAUGAAUAGUAUGAUAUUAUGAACAUACAUGAUGAUCAGUACCGUAUGGAGAGUAAUUAUACUCAGUAUAUUGUAUAUGUAUAUCUGUGCUGAUGAAUAUUGGAGUUUUCUAUUCAAUUGUUGAAAUAAUAUGUAGAUAGUAGGCUACGCCCAAACUGUCUAUCCACAGUUUAAAUUGUUCAGUGAUUCGAUAUGAUUAUCACGGUUAAGUGUUUUGAUGACAAUGAACUUUCAAUAUGGACCAAAGAGCAUGAGCAUGAAAUAUGAAUAAUAUUAGAGUGAUCUAUUAUAUUCAGGUACAUAAUUUAUAUUGAACUGCUCAAUUACAGAUUACAUUUUUUACAUUGAUAAUUUUUUUUAUCCUCACACGACUAUCAUGUAUAAAUGAAACCAAUUUUUUCACUUGUAAAAAGUAUGUGGUGAAUGUGUUAACAUAUCAAUAACAAUGCUGGUGUCUCAGAAGAAGAUACAGAAAAAUCAUUACUACGAAAGAAAUUGAGGCUUUGAUUGAGAUGUUUCAAUCAAAAUUAGGGAGAGAACAGUUUUGGGUUUAUCCUGUUGAUUAUUUCCCAAUCAUUAAUUUUAUAUUGUGAUUGUGUAAUGUGAUAAUAAUGUAAUGUUGACUGUUGUGGAGACCGUGCGGUCAAAUAGGAUAUUUGAAGAAAAAGAAUAGUUAAGACUUUUACUUACAUACUUAUUACAAAUAGAGUCAAAUUCUAAUAUUGAUGAUACUUUUGAAAAAUUAGGGUUUUGAAACUUGAAGUGAAUAUAGAGAACUAUAGAGAAGUGAUUAUACAGAACUAAA